AUGAGUUGCAAUGGAUGCCGAGUUCUUCGAAAGGGAUGCAGUGAGAAUUGUAUUCUUAGGCCUUGUUUACAAUGGAUUGAAAGUUCUACAGCCCAAGGUUAUGCCACUGUCUUUUUAGCCAAGUUCUUUGGCCGUGCUGGUCUCACCUCCUUCAUUUCGGCCGUCCCUGUAAACCAAAGGCCUGCUGUUUUCCAGUCCUUGUUAUAUGAAGCUGCUGGAAGAACAGUGAACCCUGUGAAUGGUGCGGUGGGGCUUUUAUCCACAGGAAACUGGCAGGUUUGCAAGUCGGCGGUUGAGACCAUCCUCCAAGGCGGCACACUGCUGCCGAUCUCGGAGUUUGUUGGUGCUCCACCGGAUCUUGAUGAGCUCCAAGAUCCUAGCCUAAAUUUAAGGCUCAAGGUGCAAAAGCACAGUCGUUUACCCGAUGAACUUGGAAAUUUUAAUCAAGUAGCUGAUCUUGAUCUUAGUUUAAAUACAGGGUUUGAGAGUAAAAAUUUAACCUCUUUGUCUGAGAAGCGGCGACUGGGGAGCCCUUCCAUGAAUUCUGAAGAAUCAGGGACAACUACAUGUGAAAAUCAGCUACCAAGUAAACCAAAGCUUCUAAAUUUAUUCAAUUAG